CAGGUUUUCUCUGUGUAGUUUUGGUGCCUGUCCUGGAUCUCGCUCUGUAGACCAGGCUGGCCUUGAACUCACAGAGAUCCUCCUGGCUCUGCCUCCCGAGUGCUGGAAUUGAAGAAGGCGUACACCACUGCCGCCCGUCUCUCACUGGUGUUCUUAACCUCCCGGCUUGAACAGGAGAUCUGGAGGCACAUCAGCUUCGGCUGAGUCACAGUUUUCCAAGCUUCUGUUUCUUCAUGACUGAAAUGGAGAUAACAAUGUCUGCACAACCUCCCGAGGCUUGUCCUUGCGGUUUCUAGUUGCCAUGAGGAAGCCUCGACGAAAGUCACGGCAGAAUGCCGAGGGCCGGAGAUCCCCAUCCCCAUACAGUCUUAAGUGCUCACCCACACGAGAGACUUUGACAUACGCCCAAGCCCAGAGGAUUGUCGAGGUCGACAUCGAUGGCCGCCUACAUCGUAUCAGCAUUUAUGACCCACUCAAGAUCAUCACUGAAGAUGAGCUAACUGCUCAGGAUAUCACUGAGUGCAACAGUAACAAGGAAAACAGUGAGCAGCCUCAGUUCCCUGCCAAGUCCAAGAAGCCCUCAUCUAAAGGCAAGAAGAAGGAGUCCUGUUCCAAGCACGCGUCUGGCACCUCCUUCCACCUCCCACAGCCCAGCUUUCGCGUGGUAGACACAGGUAGCCAGCCGGAAGCACCCCCAUUGCCUGCUGCCUAUUACCGCUACAUUGAGAAGCCUCCUGAAGACCUGGAUGCAGAGGUAGAAUAUGACAUGGAUGAGGAGGACCUUGCCUGGCUAGACAUGGUCAACGAGAAGCGGCGUGUAGAUGGGCACAGUCUGGUGUCACCAGAUACCUUCGAGCUGCUGGUGGACCGGCUGGAGAAAGAGUCAUACUUGGAAAGUCGCAGCAGCGGGGCUCAGCAGUCACUCAUUGACGAAGACGCCUUCUGCUGUGUGUGCCUGGAUGAUGAAUGCCACAACAGCAACGUCAUCCUGUUCUGCGACAUCUGCAACUUAGCUGUGCACCAGGAGUGCUAUGGCGUCCCCUACAUCCCCGAGGGCCAGUGGUUAUGCCGCUGCUGCCUGCAGUCUCCCGCCCGGCCAGUAGAUUGUGUCCUUUGCCCCAAUAAAGGUGGGGCCUUCAAACAGACCAGUGACGGUCACUGGGCCCACGUAGUCUGCGCCAUCUGGAUCCCUGAAGUCUGCUUUGCCAACACCGUGUUUCUGGAGCCCAUUGAGGGCAUUGACAACAUUCCACCUGCUCGCUGGAAACUGACCUGCUACAUCUGCAAGCGGAAGGGGCUGGGUGCAGCCAUCCAGUGCCAUAAGGUCAACUGCUACACCGCCUUCCAUGUGACAUGCGCACAGCGGGCUGGACUCUUCAUGAAGAUUGAGCCCAUGAGAGAAACCAGCCUCAACGGCACCAUCUUUACCGUGCGAAAGACCGCGUACUGUGAGGCCCACUCUCCGUGUGCUGCCACUGCCAGGAGAAAGGGUGGCUCCCCCAGAAGCCUCAGUGAGGCGGGGGAUGAGGACGGGCUGAAAGAGGGUGGCAGUGAGGAGGACGAGGAAGAAGCAGAGGAGGAAGAUCAGGAAGGCCAAGGUGGGGUGGGCAGCCCCCUCAAGGUGGUGUCCAAGAAGAAUAAGAUGAGUUCAAAGCAGAAGAUGAAGGAGCCAGAGGAAGCUGGCCGGGAGACACCCUCCACCACCGUCCCCAUGGUCACUGUCCCACAGAUACCCUCUUACAGGUUGAACAAGAUCUGUAGUGGUCUGUCCUUUCAGAGGAAAAACCAGUUCAUGCAGCGGCUUCACAACUACUGGCUGUUGAAACGGCAGGCCCGCAACGGUGUGCCCCUCAUCCGGCGUCUGCACUCCCACUUACAGUCCCAGAGGAACGCCGAGCAGCGGGAGCAGGACGAGAAGACAAGCGCGGUGAAGGAAGAGCUGAAGUACUGGCAGAAACUCCGGCACGACCUGGAGCGGGCCCGGCUGCUGAUCGAGCUCAUCCGCAAACGGGAGAAGCUGAAGCGGGAGCAGGUCAGGGUGCAGCAGGCUGCCAUGGAGCUGGAGCUGAUGCCGUUCACAGUUCUGCUGAGGACAACUCUGGACCUGCUGCAGGAGAAGGACCCUGCACACAUCUUUGCUGAACCUGUCAGCCUGAGUGAGGUUCCAGAUUACCUGGAAUUCAUAUCCAAGCCAAUGGAUUUUUCUACUAUGAGGCGGAAGCUGGAAUCUCACCUGUACCACACCUUGGAGGAGUUUGAGGAGGACUUUAACCUUAUAGUUACCAACUGCAUGAAGUAUAAUGCUAAAGACACAAUUUUCCACCGAGCAGCUGUCCGCCUGCGGGACCUGGGAGGGGCCAUCCUGCGGCAUGCCCGUCGGCAGGCAGAGAACAUCGGCUAUGAUCCCGAGAGGGGCACCCACUUGCCCGAGUCACCCAAAUUGGAAGACUUUUACCGAUUCUCCUGGGAGGAUGUGGAUAACAUCCUCAUCCCAGAGAACCGGGCCCACCUGUCGCCAGAGGCACAGCUGAAGGAGCUGCUGGAGAAACUUGACCUGGUGAGCGCUAUGCGGUCCAGCGGGGCCCGCACCCGUCGGGUCCGCAUGCUCCGCAGGGAGAUCAAUGCCCUUCGGCAAAAGCUCGCACAGCCAGCGCCACCACAGUCAGUGACCAAGACGGUGUCCAAUGGGGAGCUGGCAGCAGGACCUCGGGGGGACACAGCUGUGCUGGAGCAGGCCUUGCCGGAAGAGCCAGAAGACGAUGGGGACAGAGAUGAUUCCAAAUUACCUGCUCCACCAACCCUGGAGCCUACUGGGCCUGCACCAUCCUUGUCUGAACAGGAAUCCCCCCCAGACCCCCCCACCCUGAAACCUAUCAGUGACAGCAAGCCUUCAAGCCGGUCCCUAAAGUCCCGGAAGGUGGAAGAUGAUGAGCUCUUGGAGAAACCAGCCCUGCAGCUGGGGAGCGAGCCCUUGCGAUGCUUGCUCAGUGACAAUGGCAUUGACAGACUGUCUCCCGUGAACCCUGACAGCCCUCCUGGUACCCCUCUCAGUGGGGUGGGCCGCCGAACGUCAGUCCUCUUCAAGAAGGCCAAGAAUGGGGUUAAGCUGCCGAGGAGUCCGGACGGGACCCUGGAGAAUGGCGAGGACCACAGUGCAGUGGGCUCUCCUGCUUCUCCAGCCAGCACGGAAGACGAGCACUGUUCCAGAAAGCGGCCAAGGAGCAGGGGCUGUAGUGACAGUGAAGGGGCCAGGUCCCCUCAGCAGGAGGAAGAGCCAGGCGUGACUAACGGCUUCGGAAAACACACCGAAAGCGGGUCUGACUCGGAAUGUAGUUUGGGUCUCAGUGGAGGACUGGCGUUGGAAGCUGGCAGCGGUCUGACGCCUCCCAAACGCAGCCGUGGGAAGCCAGCCCUGUCGCGAGUGCCCUUCCUGGACGGUGUGAAUGGAGACUCGGACCACAGUGGCUCAGGCAGAAGCCUCCUGAUGCCCUUUGAAGACCGCGGAGACCUGGAGCCCCUGGAGCUGGUGUGGGCCAAGUGCCGAGGCUACCCCUCCUACCCUGCCUUGAUCAUCGAUCCCAAGAUGCCCCGGGAGGGCCUCCUGCACAAUGGCGUCCCCAUCCCUGUCCCUCCCCUGGACGUGCUGAAGCUGGGCGAGCAGAGGCAGGCAGAGGCUGGAGAGAAGCUCUUCCUUGUCCUCUUCUUUGACAACAAGCGCACCUGGCAGUGGCUUCCGAGGGACAAAGUCCUGCCUCUGGGUGUGGAGGACACCGUGGACAAACUCAAGAUGUUGGAAGGCCGCAAGACCAGCAUCCGCAAGUCUGUGCAGGUGGCCUAUGACCGUGCGAUGAUCCACCUGAGCCGAGUACGUGGACCCCACUCCUUCGUCACUUCCAGCUACCUGUAAGAGUGGAGCCGGGCCUGGGUCUGCCUGCUUCGCCUCUCCUCUGCCCCUGAGGCACGAGAAGCCUCUUCUGCCCUUGCCAAGUGUCUGGCCAGCAGCUUCUUUCUCCUGGCAGGCCCUGACUGGACUGGGUCUCUAAGGGCAAGGCCCAGUAUCGACCAAUCAUGUGGUUCCCCUGGAGGGCCGCUGUGUGCCAAAAACUCCCACCCGAGGUCCCUGGGGAUAUUCCCCCGAAGAACCACUGAGAAGCAGAAACAGCUGAGAGUCUUGGCCAGCCAGGGAGGUGGACCUGGCCCACAGGCAGGAGGUCCUCGGCUGCUUUUCUGGGGCCAACUGCUCCUCCAUGCCUCUCCCAGCUAACCAUACCUCAGGGCAGGCAAGGUUCUGACACUGAUCCCAGAGAUGUGCCAGGGUCCCUCGGGAACCCACUGAGCUCCCCUCCCCCCACCCCCAUCCUCACCCAGCCCAGGCUCUCCUUCCCACAUUGCUCUCCUUUCUCCCUCGUGCCAAACUGACAGCAACAUCACCAAAUUGAUCUUUUUCUUUGCCCAUGCCCUUCCUGGCCAGCUGCUGUGUUAGAUAGGUCUGCCAGGCGCCUGAGCCCCAGGUAGACGCUAUCCCACUCGAAAGGACCCCUCCUCCCACCCCCACAGACGUCCACUUGUACUGCGGACAUGCCUAGCCCAGCCGCACGCCCGUCUGUGGAGGGAGUGGGCUUCCUGCCCUCCCUCCGCCUUGCUGAGGCGUGCUGAGGGUGGGACCCUGCCCGUGCACACGGCCGGAUGGGCAUUGAAAGCGGCACAUGCCCUUCUCGUGGGCUUCUUUCUCUCUUCCUGCAGCAGACAUAAGCCUUAUUGCAUCCCGUCACCUCAGGGGGCAUGGGCUGCCCGCCAGCACCCUCUCUCCCCUGGCUCUGCUGCUCCUGCUUUUUCUUUCAUGCCCUGCCUUCAGCCCCCUCCUCCCCUCCCCUCCUCGCCUCCCCCCUCCCCUCCGAAAGGAAGGAAGACAAACUGUGAAUGAGGAAUGCUGACUGACUAAGCAACGCAACUUUGAGAGGCUUCUGCUCUUGACAUUUCUUUUCACCUCUUAAGCACCAAAGCCGCAGGCGGGUUUGCGGACCGCUGAUUGCCAUGUUGAUUUCUACCUUGAUGUUAUUUUUAAUUGUUUUAAAUUUUUCAUAGGGGAGUUUUGGGCAAAAAAAAAAAAAAAAGUCCCUAGGGAGAUCACUGCCAUUUUUACAUACUCAAACUUUUUAAAAUUUAAAACCAACUUGUUACACAUUUGGGACAUGAGCCAGAGUUUAAAAGGGAACCAACAAAGCUCACAGAGAGGGCGGGAUUCCGUCCAGUAAACAGCGCGGCAACAGCUGGGGCGGGACGGGUGUACAUAACUGUAAGAUACUGUCGUAAGUUAUCCAGGCCUAUACUCUCCAUAUCGGGAUCCUCCAUUGUGCAGCCACGCAGCGUGGUCUAGUUAAAGGAGCCGACGCGUCCCCCUCUCCCUAGGUAGUUGGUCAGCCGUGGACUCUGUGACCCUUGUCUAAACCUGUGUUGUAACGAUCUCGGGGCUUUCUCCCCCUCUCUCCCCCCCUCCCCCCAACACUUUAUCUUCUAUUUUUCAGUCUCUGAGUCCCAUCUGAGAACUGGUCUUUGAGAACAGGGUGCGGCUCAGAUCCUGCUGUGGCAUGAGGCCGCGCGCCUCUGUCGCGUCUGCUGUGAAGCACACGAUGCUCUAUUUAUUGUAGAAAGUGACUUUAUUUGCCUUCUAGAAUUGUUUAUAACAGAUGGUUAUAAGAGAGGUAAUAAACAGAAAAGUCUAUGCCUGUAAAGAAUACGAGAGUUAAUUUUACCUACUAUAAUAUGACCUCUUAUUUUCUCUCUGAGAAAUAAAUGUUCUAAUGGGCA